UGCACGCUUUUUUAUUUCACUACAGGAAGUCGACUUCAAUUGGCCACAUCAUUUAGCGGUCAGUGCGACCAAUCAGUUUGCCUCUCACAGCAGUAUGUAGGUUCAGCAGCGGUCAAGUAGACUGUUUGUCAUCAUAUGAUUGGUUUCACAGUCCUUACCUAGAUAGCUAUAAGAACAAAUACCUUGCGCAGAAUGUUCAUCCUGUCUUAGUUCUGUUUACCGACUCGGUGACCUCGAGGUGCAAGGCGGCCAUUUUGAUUCUGUUGCCGAAUGUUUUAUCAAUGCCAGAUUGAGCUCCUACAGGUCAGCAAACGAAGAAACUGGCGCCAUUGCUGCCUUACCUCACCAUGGACAGUGUCUCAACUCUGCCGGGUCUAUGAGAAUACCUCUGUGUAGGAAGCUUUAAACUCCAUACAUAGCCCAGGACGUACACACUGGAUAGGAUACAAGAUUGCGUGAUGGACUUGUCGGACGUUUGUAGCACAGUUGUAGAGACGGAAGCCGUAUUUUGUCUACUGAACUGGCUCCAGUACUGAAACAACAACGAGAAGCUAUAAUGGCGGAAACAGAGAACCCUCUGGCGAUUGAAGCUGUCGUGAUCCCAGCGGUGCUGGGAGUCAUCGGCGUCGUCGGUGUCAUCGGCAACGGACUGGUCAUCCUGGUCAUCGCCAGGUCGAAGGAUAUGAGAACAGUGACCAAUGUCUAUGUGGUCAACAUGGCAGUGACGGACUUUGCGUACUUGGUGUUCAGUGUGCCUCCUGCUGCCAUUGUGUUUGCAGCUUCCGAAUGGCCGCUCGGAGAAGCCAUGUGCAAAGGCAUGCACUACCUCGGCAGGGUGACGCUCCAAGCCUCCUGUUUGACGCUGACGGCCAUGAGUAUUGACCGGUUCUGCGCCAUCGUGCUACCGUUCAAGACGGUCAACUUCAGACGGACACGGGUGGCUAUCAUCAUCAGCGCUUGCAUCUGGAUAAGUUCGUUCCUGAUUUCCAUCCCCGUUGCCCUCCGCUUCAAAACGUUCAUCGUGCCAAAUGCGGUGGGUACCCAAACCCUCUGCAGGGAGACGUGGCAGAGUCAAGAGGCGCAGAAGUCCUAUUUUAUUUACCUCUUCGUCAUCACGUACCUGGUCCCAGUGUUCAUCAGUGCCGUUUGCGGGUCGCUCAUUGUGCGGCAGCUGAUUCGCAGCUCAAGGAUGCCGCGCUGUAAUCUGGAUAGACACGAAAGAAAGAUGCGCCGGGUGACCGCCAUGGUGCUGGGUGUGACUGCCCUGUUCGCCCUGCUGUGGCUGCCGAACCACGCCAUCAACCUCUGGCGGGUCAUGAACCCUCUGGUCCCGGGCAUCAUCCAGGUGUACCGCGUCAAGAUGGCCUUCACCUGUCUGGCCUUCACCAACUCAGCCUUAAACCCGUUCGUUUACACCUUCUUUGGAGAAAACUUCAAACUGGGACUCCGGAGACUAUUCCCGCGGUGUUGCAAAAGGACGAUGGGGGCAUCCCCACAGAGUUCGACACGAAAGUCGUCCCUGUCCCACCGAAAACUGAGUGCACAGCUGAGCAACAAGAGCGUGCAUUGUCAUAGAAGAGGCUCCUUAGACGGAGCUGGUCGUAGAGACUUCGUUGUGGAGAUUCGUGAGGAGAGUCCAUCUCCAAUGUCUGUGACUGAGCGCGCUCCACCUUCAGUGACUGGUACACUUGAUCAAACAAACAUACUCACAGACCUCUGUUCCUGCCAUGGGAUACUCAACGUUAUUUGUAAAAAGGAGAAACCGUUAAGCAGUACCGUAUGAGAAGGUUGUGAUAUAACCUCAAUCCAGUUUGGACAUAUAAGCUACCUAACUAUAUCGUGACCUCUUUUGUUUUGAAAAUUAUUUUAAGAAACCAAUUUAUCAGAUUAAUAGAGUAAUAUAUCAUACGAUAUUUGUAUAAAGUAGCAUGAAUGAAUAAAUGAAUGAAUGACCCCAUGUUUAACUUUGCAUAAGAUUCUGUGAAUAAGACACAAAAUAACAGUUCCUAGAUGGGACGUUUUAAUACUAAUUGAUAACUGUAUAUGAUUCUUACAUUAUGAAUCAUGUAGAUGAUAUCAUCUACAGAUAGAAAUCAACAAUGAAUUGUCUUAAGCUGUUUCAUAGAGAAAGCUGAAAUUGCGAUACAAUGGCAAUGAUAUAAUCCACUUUCAGUGAUUCUACAUCAGUGACAUGUAUACUAUGUUCAUCUAUUUAUUUAUUUCCAUCACGGUAUUUUGUAUUUUCCCUACCCGUAACUAUGUAUCCGCUGUCAUCAAUGCAAGGUUAAGUGAAAUUAUAAAUACUGUUUAUGUUUAAUCUGCUAGUACUUUGUCACGAUGUCAUGGCAAAGUAAAUACGAGCGUAUAAGAUUAACAUUAACAUGUGGCCAUGGGUGCGUUGAUCUCAUCCUAUUGUAAUGUGAUUGGGAGGAGAAUUGUAUUUUAUGAACAAGCAUAUUUGUACAAAGUUUGUAAAUAGAAUUUGACACAUCUUAAUUAAAUGACUACCCAUACA